UCCCCCUACGCGUUCCGUAUAUUUGGCGCGCACCUCAUCAGUUCCGACCUACUGUGGCGAUCGAGGCCAACAGCGUUCUUGUCCUGUGAAAAGACCAGGCUUAGCUAUAGUGUUACAAUUUUACGACUACAGACUGAUUUUCUGCUAGCCAAGAAAGCGCUCAAGCCGAAUGAGAUUGAGGCGCUCGGUCUGUAACUUAGUCUAGUAUCGUGCUCGAUCUGCGCUUGGUGGUGGUGAGAACGGAUACAUCUGGAAAGGAAAGCGGCCGUUUCUGAAUCAUCGUCGGUCUGCUGUGUUUCACUUCCCGCCACUACAAACGGACUAGGGUCGUCAAAUCGCUUUCCCCUCACAGAAGGCAUUCCUACAAGAGACAACCCUCGGAAUUUCCCGUGUAUUUAAAGCUUACUACUGAGGAGUCACAGGAGCGACAGCACGAAGGCAAAGCUUCAAGAUGUCUGGUGCCGGUCUGGACGGGAACGAGGUGACGAAGGGCAUGCGGAAGAUCCAGUCCAUGCUGCGGAAAAUCGUGGAGGAGGAGACGGAGUUCAGCCCGAGGAAGGACGGGAAGAAGGUGGCGGUGCACAUCCGGUGCUUCAUCGUGCAGGUGGGUCAGAUCGACACGCUGAAGGAAGAGUUCACCUGUGACGCGGUGGUGGAGGCGCUCUGGGAGGAGCCGCAGCUCAACGGCGCCACAGCUGAGGACAUCCACUGGGACGACCAGUGGGACCCUCGUAUCGUGUUCUUUAACGCCGUGUCGGUGGACAGACUGGAGAAACAGCGGGUCUUCUUCAAGGGCAGCUCGGGUCAGCCCUGGGUCCGCCUCACCAUGCACGUCAAGGGCACAUUCAAGGUCGCCAUGCACCUCUUCAACUUCCCGUUCGACCAUCAGGAACUGAAGAUUGAGUUGAUGUCUGAUUGGUCGGACAAACACAUCAUCAUGUGCCCAUAUUUGGACGAGAAGGACGCCAUUAGUACUUCAACAUUCACAGGGGGAGACGAGUGGUACCUGCACGCACACAUGAUGACGUGUCAGGGGAAGACCGAGACGGAGAUCACGGGACCUGACACCAUCUUCCCCACCUAUGACGUCAUCAUCAACGUCACGCGCCGCUGGACGUACUACUUCUGGAACAUCUUCGUCAUCAUGUUCCUGAUCCUGCUGCUGACAUUCUCGUCCUUCGCGCUGGCCCCGGACUCGCUGGACAGCCGGCUGGACGUGACGCUGACCCUGCUGCUGACGUCAGUCGCCUUCAAGCUGGUCCUGGCGCAGAGACUCCCCACCAUCUCCUACCUGACACUACUGGACAUCUACAUCCUGGCUGUUCUGACGGUACAAGGUCUGGUGGUGAUCCUCCACACGACAGUCUCCGUCAUCACCGACAAGAGCGUCGCGCGGCUCUUCAACAUCGUGUCGUCCGUGGUGCUCGGGGUGCUGGUCGUCCUGGGACACGUGGCCCUCGUCAUCUACAUCGCUGCCAUCAAAAGUCAUGUAGGGGACCACCAUAAAAGGAGGUACAUCAGUGUGGAGAUGGAGGAACUGCCAUCUUAAUGGGAGGGACGGUCUACACCACAACAGUAUGGUCACUUCAAUACAUCCCGGCCAACAGAAUACUGCAUGAACCGCUGCGCGUGACGAAAGAGUCGACGUUACAGAUGCUACAGCACCAGGGUCUGGACAACAACCGCUGGCUUGGAUAGCUCAUAUUGCUGUCCUGUAACUUUCUGG